GGCCGGGGCCGCUAGGGACUGGAGCGGCGGCGAGUACAUGGUGCACCACUAGGACCCAGCAGAGGUUGCUAUGAUUUGGGCAGUAGGUAAAGGCCUGACAUUCCUCUCAUUCCAGUGUGAAUGGGGCUGAUUGUUGGGUUGCCGAUCCUCGCUCUCCACUCCUCGUCUCUUCCAGUCUCGCACACAUCAUGUCCUGCAUGAUGCCCAGCGGCCGCCGCUGCUUUCCCCAGCCCCGAGGACUGAACUAGCCAUGGUGGCCUCAUGUGGAUGGCAAAGUUUCUCCUGGGAACUCCCGAGCCUGGUGGAGUGAGAGGUCCCCUGCCUGUGUGUUGCAGUCCAAGUAGCCCGGCCCAGCCACUCGAAGACACGAGUUAUCUUUUCCCAGACCUUCAGUUCUUUUCUGGGAGGCAUGAAGCUUCUCCAUUGACAGUAGAGGCAGGCAGUAGUACUAGAGAAAAAGCUGUUGAGGACCCUUUUUGUAACUUCUACUCCCCAACUUUCCUGAGGAUCUCAGAGGUGGAAAUGAGAGGUUCAGAGGAUGGGGCAGCUGGCACAGUAUUACAGAGGCUGAUCCAGGAACAACUCAGGUAUGGCACCCCGACUGAGAACAUGAAUCUGCUGGCCAUUCAGCACCAGGCCACCGGGAGCGCGGGACCGUCCAACAGUACGACAAGCACCCUUUCUUCCACGGAAAACCUCACUCAAGAAGACCCACAAAUGGUCCACCAGUCAGCACGGCAGGAACCUCAGGGGCAAGAACAUCAGGUGGACAAUACGGUGAUGGAGAAACAGGUCCGGUCCGCUCAGCCUCAGCAGAACAAUGAGGAGCUGCCAACUUACGAGGAGGCCAAGGCCCAGUCCCAGUUCUUCAGGGGCCAGCAGCAGCAACAGCAGCAGGGAGCUGUCGCUCACGGUUACUAUGUGCCCAGUACAACUAGUCAGAAGUCCCGGACUGAAGGGAGGCCCACAGUGAAUCGGGCCAAUAGUGGCCAGGCUCAUAAGGAUGAUGCCCUCAAGGAACUCAAGCAGGGCCAUGUCCGCUCUCUCAGCGAGAGAAUCAUGCAGCUGUCACUGGAGAGGAAUGGGGCUAAGCAACACCUCCCUAGCUCAGGGAAUGGUAAAGGGUUUAAGGCUGGUGGGGGACCACCCCCAGCCCAGCCUGCAGGCAAAGUGAUGGACCCACGAGGCCCUCCACCUGAAUAUCCCUUCAAGGCUAAGCCGAUGAUGUCCCCAGUCAGCAAGACCCAGGAACAUGGGCUCUUUUACAAUGACCAACACCCUGGGAUGCUCCAUGAGAUGGUCAAACCCUACCCGCCUCCUCAGCCGGCAAGAACAGAGGUUGCUGUCGUGAGGUAUCAGCCACCCCCAGAGUAUGGGGUAACAAGCCGGCCAUGCCAGCUCCCCUACCCGUCGAUGCAGCAGCACAGUCCCAUGUCCUCCCAGGCCUCCUCCAUCAGCGGCCCGCUGCAUUCGGUCAUGCCCCCUCCCCUCCCAUUGGCCAUGCUGCCCCAGCAGCCUCCGCCUGCCACUCCCCCGGGCCAGCAGCUUGGCCCCGAAGCUUUUGCCAUUGUGGAGCGGGCACAGCAGAUGGUAGCAAUCCUAUCUGAGGAGAACCGGGUGCUCCGCCAGGAAAUUGAGGGCUACUAUGACAAAGCUGACAAGCUUCAGAAGUUUGAAAUAGAAAUUCAGAGGAUUUCAGAAGCCUAUGAGAGUCUAGUCAAGUCAACCACCAAGCGAGAGUCUCUGGACAAAGCCAUGAGGAACAAACUGGAAGGAGAGAUUAGGAGACUCCAUGACUUCAACAGAGACCUACGAGACCGCCUGGAGACUGCCAACAGGCAACUAGCCAGCAGGGAAUAUGAUGGGCAUGAAGAUAAAGCAACAGAAGGUCAUUAUGCUUCCCAGAACAAAGAGUACUUAAAGGAAAAGGAGAAGUUAGAGAUGGAGUUAGCAGCAGCACGUACUGCUAGCGAGGAUCAGCGAAGGCAUAUUGAGAUCCUGGACCAGGCUCUGAACAACGCUCAAGGCAAGGUCGUCAAACUGGAAGAAGAGUUACGGAAGAAGCAAGCUUAUGUGGAGAAGGUAGAGAAGCUGCAGCAGGCCCUGACCCAACUGCAGGCUGCGUGUGAGAAGAGAGAGCAGAUGGAGCGAAGGCUGAGGACCCGGCUGGAGAGAGAGCUGGAGGCCCUGAGGAUGCAGCAGAGACAUGGAAACGGCCAGUCAGGCAACAUGGCAGACCACAAUGCCCCGGCACUUAUGGAGCUUGUGAGGGAGAAGGAGGAGAGGAUUUUGGCCCUGGAAGCUGACAUGACCAAGUGGGAACAGAAGUACCUGGAGGAGAGCACCAUCCGACACUUUGCCAUGAACGCUGCUGCCACGGCAGCAGCAGAGAGGGAUGCCACGAUCAUCAACCACUCCAGGAAUGGCAGCUACAGUGAGAGCUCCCUAGAGGUCCGCAUCUGGCAGGAGGAGGAAGAAGUCGUGCAAGCCAACAGGAGGUGCCAGGACAUGGAAUACACCAUAAAAAAUCUCCAUGCCAAAAUCAUAGAGAAAGAUGCCAUGAUUAAGGUCCUUCAGCAGCGAUCUAGAAAAGAUGCGGGAAAGACAGAUGCCUCCAGCUUACGCCCUGCCCGCUCUGUCCCAUCCAUUGCUGCAGCCACUGGCACACACUCGCGCCAAACAUCUCUUACCAGCAACCAGUUGGCUGAGGAGAAGAAAGAGGAGAGGACCUGGAAAGGGAGCAUUGGUUUGCUGUUAGGCAAAGAGCACCAUGACCAUGCUUCUACUCCCUUGCUGCCAACACCUCCUCCUCUGCCACCGCCAGUGGCUUCAUCUCUGUCCCCAGCAGCUUCCAUGGUUCUGGUAGGCAGCUCCCAUGCCAAAACAGGCAGUAAAGACAGCAGCACUCAGACCGACAAGGGCUCCGACCUCUUCUGGUCCAGUAUGGCUACUUUCCCUAGUCGUGGCAAGCUGAGCACUACCCCUUCAAACAGCCCCAUCUUGAAACAUACAGGGGCCAAGGGGACUGGAGACAAGUUGGAAACCUCUCCCAGCCAGGGGAAGCCGCCUGACAACAAAGGCCGAGUCAGCAGUUUGCUUCAUAAACCUGAGUUUCCAGAUGGAGAGAUGAUGGAAGUUCUCAUCUAGGAGUUGCCCUCUUCCCCCGGGGAACUUCCCAUGGAAUUUUGAUGCCCAAGAAAAGUGUUUUAGGGCAAAGAAAGGGGGAUGAAAGGGAGGGAGGGAGACAGAGAAGGUUGGUGGGUGGGAUUUCAAGAACAAUUCAAAAAGAUAGGGAUUUCAGACUCUAAAAACACAUUUAUUUUUAAAGGUAGAUGGAAACAGGAGACCUACAUGCUUGAAGAUGGAUGAAAGUACCCUGGAUUGUUGCAAAGAGAGGAAAAGGGGAAGAUAAGCAUGGAUUUGGAAAGGAAUUUAACAGAAAAUAGAAAGUGUCAGUUUUUAUUGUAUAGAAAAUGUAUCUCUUGGCGAGGCUCUGUUCAGAACCAUUCUCUGACUAAGAAUGGUUAAGCUCCCAAAUUGCUUUUCCUUUGAAAGCCCCACGUUCCUUUUUGAAUGUCUUUUAUAAGUGAAAAAAACUGUUUGUCCAUCACUAGAACCCAUUCUGAUUAUACAUAAUAUCCCUGAACCCUCAUCAGGGCUUCCCAUGAAGGGUUAUGAGCAUGUUGGUGUGGGUGUGAGUAAGUACAAUUCGAUGUCCACAGGGAGGUGGCGUAUUGGAAAGGGAUGGCAGACCCUAGGCACCCUGGCCUGAUCCAGAUUUCCAGGAGAUUGGACACUCUCUUCUUUCCCUCCCACCCUAGAUUCAGCAGUGUCUUCCAAGAAGGUCAUGCUCUUGGGCUUUUGGCACUUUCUCCACCUUAAGUUCAUCUUUACUUCUUAGAACUAGGAUUUCAAAGAGCAUCAUUUAAGUGGUCUCAUUAUGCCUUCUGUGCUUAAUAAUGAACUAGUAGCUUUCUAAAGCCAUAUUGUAGUUGUCUUACUUCUCUCUCUACCCUAUCUCCAGACCCCUAGCUCAUGUAUGUGAUAACUCAUUCUGACUGUGAAACUUUUCAGGAUAUAUCAUUGAUGAUGUGACUUUUUUUCUUUAAGAGAAGUGCACUGCCUUUCUUCUGGCUCACAUGGCCUCUUCUAGAAGUUUAGUCGGUCUUACCCAAUCCAUUAUUCAGAUUUCUCUAGUUAAGAGGAUGGGAAAAGGGGGUCUUUCACAACAGGGCUUUAUUGGGCCCAGCUCCUUCUAUACCUCAGCGGCCACCUUGUUCAAGAUUUCUUGUAUUUGUGGGCCCAGGAACAUCUUCCCAUACACAUACACUGCUUCUUCACCCUCAUGAUUAUUAAUGAGCAGCAAAUUUUUUGGUAGAAUAUAGGCUUUAGCUUCCCUCUUCCAAGAAUGUGUUUAGUAACACACUAGCACAUCUAGUAGGAGUGUCUGAAUAUUUAUUCUUCUGAUUAGCUUUUCCUAGACAAGGCAGGGAGAACACUGAAUGUAAAACUAGAUGAUGUCUUAGGUAGUUAUUAUUCCUGGUUCACUCUGGAAUGGAAAGGGUCAAAGUGACAUUGCACAUUUCUUCACUCUCAAUUUGGUUUCCUUUAAAAAGUUUACAAAGUUCCAUGUCAUGAGAGGGUGAGCCUUGGUUUUAGAGCUACCUCUCCAAAAUAGCUCCAAAUCAGUUAAUAAACAAGUCUUUAUUAAGCACCAAGAAGGCAUUUCUUUACAUUCUAGCCAUCCGUGACCACUACCUUGACCACGGAAAAGUCAUUUUUACUUUCUUCGACCUGAGUUUCCUUUUCUGUAAAAUGAAUAGGUUGAACCAAGGUUCUUCUCUGCUCCCAAAUUUUAUCCUUCUAUCUCAUUCAUUCUACUUUUUUUUCUAGAUUUUUUUCUUCCCAUAGUCACCUAGAAAAAAAAUGUGAAAUCCUGUGUGUGGUUUCAACUAAUUGACAGCUAGAGAUAAAAUACCUUUGGAAUUCCUCCCACUUGUCUGGUCAGUUCUUUUAAGGCAAGUCUUUGGAAUUUAGCUGAUGUGUGGAUCUUAGCUUCCCCAUAACAUGAGCUCACAGCCUAACCAAAUGAAAGUAAUGAAAGAGUUUUCAUCUGAAGAGGAGGGAGAAAACCACUGGCUUUUGACCCAGAAUGGACUUUUUGUUCAUGUUUAGUUGUUGAAACCUGCUCUUUGUUCACAUAACACAGAUCACAGAAGGCAGGUUGAAGAUUGGGAGAUGCCUAUUUCCAUUAGUGGGCUCUCCUCCUCUUUCACUAUGAAAUCCCAGGGCUUUUAGGAUGGGGUGGAGUAUAGGUCAGAGGUAAGUGAGGUGCAGAGUGAAUGGAAUGUUUCCAUCCUCAUCUCUGAUCCAUUUUAUUAGCUCUUGUGACAAGGUCAAGCAGAUGGAAGCUACCCCUGAAGAUAUUGAUCUCCAGCACCACUCGGUAUUUAAUGAGCACAUGCUCCCCCCCAUGUGCUGUCACACCUGUAGUAAUACAGAAAAUUGGGGUGAAAGUCUGGAACUGAGGCCCUUGAAUUCUAUCACUAGCUGCCAUAAGUGAGAAAUGUUCAUUGAUAUCACUAAUAAAGAGGGUGUGUUAGCAUUCCCUAAUAAACAGUGUUAACAAAAGAAAGCGCUCCCUGAAAUUACUCUUCCGUUGAUUAGGACAGAGGAUUUUCCAUCAACAUAUUCAGCAGAUUUAGGCUUUAUCAUAGAACACUACUGGGAAUAUUAUUGGGGUGGACAAUCAAUGACAUGCCAAGAGAAGAAUAAAUUCUCUUUAUACAUGCUGAAAUAUUGCUAUUAAAAUUAUUUCAUUGACAACAUUGAAUGAAUUAGCCAUGAUGAAAUUAUGGCAAAUUAGUUUGCAUCUCCAGGCCUCAGUUUCUUCAUCUGUAAAAUUAGGAGAAGAAAAACAGACUGGAUGAUACCUUCCAACUCAUCAAAAAACUUAACCUGUCCUGUAGUCGGUGUGUGCAAAAGGGCAUUCUUAAAGGCUCUACCAAACAUUGUACAUCAGGAGAAAAUUCUCUGACACGAGAUUUUUCAGCUAUGUCUAAUAGUAGAAGAGGUCCCCGAUCCCCCCACAAAUAAAGAAGACACCUUCAUUUCUUAACCUGUCAAGAAUUUCUUCUUCCCAUUUCCCCUCAGUUCUUGCCCUCUUAAACUUCCCAGAUGUAAGUUAACCCAGACAGUGGAAAGUGCCAAGAUUAGCCUAUCCUGAACGUGCUUCCAGAGUAGGUCAUCAUUUACUUCAUUUGAGGAGCAUUGACUUCUCUGCAGUGAAAUGAAAGUUGAUGAACCUUUUUUCCCUUAAAAAUAAGGCUGUGAGGGUCAUAAGUGAGCAGUUAUCCUUUGGAGUCUAUCAGUGUUCUUGAACUCCAUCAGAAAAGUUUGGUUUGAACCAGGAGACUGUUUGCUCAGAGUGAAUUCUGGUCUUAACACAAAGAAGGUCUUGUGGACAGUUAUGAAGGGGAGCCUCCCUCUUGAAUCUCAGGUGCCAGAGAAUACAACUUCCUGAAGGUUAGCCCCACCUCAUCCUUCCCACGUAAGCUUUAGUGUCUCCUUUUAAGCAUCUGCAUUCUUUGUGUCCAAUCUCACUCCUGUUUAUCAUCGAGACUAUGAGUACAUAUAACUAUGGUGGCCAAGACACAAACUCUUAUGCUAAAUUCUAAUUGGAUUCUGGUUGCCAUGGAGAUAUCAGAGGGAGAUGACAGAGAGGCUCAUUAUCUUUGGGUUCCCCAAUGUAAAUGCCCACCAGGAACCUAGAGAUUCCUACUACAAUCCAAUAAUGUGUGUAAGGAGGGAAUGAUGAAGGAGCAGCUAAUGGAACAGUGGCCCAGAAUGUCAGAGAUGUCACCUUUCCAUAGCAGAGAACUGUGCCAAGCCAAGAGAUAUGUUUUCUAGCACCAUGGUUUUGUUAAUUUUGUGCGUUUAUUUUUGUCUGUAAACAUUUUUGUGUCACUCUUUAUGAUUUUGAAUUUCUUAUCAAAGAAGUGGUAUGUCUAUAGCAAGAGAAAUCCCACGGAUGUUCUUUCGUGUUUCCAGAUAGACUAUGCGAUAUACAUCUUCCUUCUUGUCAGUCCACCUCCUGUCCCCCAAAUCUGAGGUGACUCAGUAUAUGUUUUGUAAACCUUUGUUUUCUUUCUUCAUGAAGAAAUCUAAAUGUUUCAAAAUGUGUGUGUUCAGUGAGUGGACUGUUUAAAGUAUUUGUAUCUGCAAAGUGUGGACUUCUUGGGAAAUGGAUUAUUUAGCAAGUUACCAAGAAAUGGUCAGCAGGAAGAUGACAGUGGUUAGCAUUUUAGUAAGUGGAUUUCUUCAAAGAAAUGGCAAAAAAUGCUCCUUUUAAAAGUUUCUUUCUUUUUAUAAUAGUUGUACCCUUUUCUCUUCUAAAUAUUUAAUGGUGUACAUAUACAUGUAUAUAUGUAAGUGCAUAUAUACAACGGGUGACUAUCAAGUGAUGUGGCUAAAAAAAUUACUUUUAGCAAAUACAGCAGACCUCAUACAUCCAAGUGAGUGAUGGACCCUUUAAAGUCAUCUGGUUGGGGCACCAUACAUUGAUUCCAUGUUGCUGCCAUUGCUCAAAACGUAUCUGGAUCAUGUCUUGCCUUGGAUGUAUUUUUGAGUAUCCUCAGUGCAGGCAAAUCUCCUUUUAAAGGGGAUUUCAUUUGAUUAUUUGGUGCCAAAUCUCUUGGAAAAAUGGGUAAACAAAUUGGGUAAAACCAAUUUUUUGGUGAAUAUAAAUUUAUACCUCCCAAAGCUGAUUUCCUUUCCCAGGAAUCACAAAAUCCCUGGGCUGGAAGACCUCAGAGGUCACCUAGUCCUACCUUUACGUAAACAGAAAUGCUCUCUAUAGCAACCCAGUGAAGUGGUCAUCCAACUUUCACUUGAAAGUCUCCAGUGAUUGUGGACCUUGGUACUGCCCAGGGCAACCACCAUCAUUUUUGGAAAGUUCUGUGUACCUCAGGCAGUUUCUAGGAUAAAUUGUGAUCUGGAUCAGUGUGGUGAAUCCCACAUCAUGCUGAUGAAAUCCUUUUCAUAUUUAUAUAAUUGGUUAAAAAAUUCUUGCUUUUGCCUUGGAUAAUUCUUGCCCAUUGUCCCAAGGGAACCAAGUAAAUUAUGGCCUGAAGCUUAGUUCUGACAGCGGUGCCCAAAGAGGGGUUCUAAAAAUGUUUUGAUUAAUAGUAACAUUAUUCAAGGAAUACAGGAGGAUAACAUUCAUUUGGAUGUAUAUGUUCUAGUGUAUUUGUUUGUUUGCUUUUUAAUAAAAGGUUCCAUCACUCUCAUGAUGUCAUGCAUGUGUUUAUAUGUAUAUGCACACUCUGAAAGUAUAUGUGUAUAUUCAUUAGUACGUACAUUCAGUAGGUAUUGAGCAAAACUGUGUUCUACGAAAUGCAUGUUGUUUUAUAAUACCAUUGCAGUAUGCUUUUGCUGUGGGAUUUUGCUACUUCGUAGAAUUAAAAAUACAGUAACAUAUAAAUAAAUAUAUUUGCAGCAUUUUCUUCUAGUAUCAAUGCAGAAAAUUUUCCUCUCCAGCGGUGUGUUUACAAACAAUUUUGUCCUGAAAUUUGCCCACCUCGUAAACAACUAUUUAUUACAGAAUGGAAUGUAGGCAAAUGUAAACCCCAUUUACUAUUUGCAGAUUUAAAGAAAUACUCUUGGAAGUUCUCAGCAUUUUCCCUUUUGGAAAGAGCAAUGGUUCAUUCCCCAUAGUUGAGAGCAGAGUCUAGAGAAAGUAUCACGGGUUGGAUGCUUCUCCCCACCUCCAGCGAUGGUUACGCACAGCACCUGCUAUUGUCACUCCUGCCUGCUCCAUGUGUAUGUGUCUUGGUGCUUUGUGAAUUUGUGCUGUAUUCAUUCCAGGUGACAUCGGUAACUGGUUGUAAAAUAUUGGCAUGUGAUUAUUGCUGGUCUGUAUAGAAUGGGGUGUACAGUGUUGUACAGCCACAUGGGGAUGUGUACAUAGGGGGAAGUCCAAGAGUGUGAUGUGUCCCCCGCAGCAAAUAUUGAUAUUGUUGGUCAGCCAAAGAUUUUCCUAUUCUUUGCUGCUUAAACUUGUGCCUUAAUAUUGUAUAUAAUAAAUGGAUUAAAUGGUCU